AUGUUCUUAUCCCGUUUCAUAGACUCUGCAAACUCGAGAGUUACCUUCCGAACCUCUGGAUCCAGAACAGCCACGGUAGCGAAUUUAUUCACGAGGCUCCUGAGUGCAUGCCUUGGACAGAGUUCACUGCAACCGUGGCGCUCUGACUCUGUUAAUACCCCGCCUUCUUGUCCUGGAUCGUCUCCCACUGAGGCACUUGACGAGUUUGUAUUGUCAAAACGUUUGUCUCUCUGAUAUCUUUUCUCGACAAUAGCAAAACUGCAACACCAUCACAAAAUGGCAGUUGAACCGUAUCGACUUACGGCGACCCAGGCGUCAGCCAAGAUAAGGGCCGGGGAGUUGACUGUGGAGGAGUACGCGCGCUCGCUCUUGUCUCACAUUGAGGAGAGAGACCCCCUAGUCAAAGCUUGGGAGUAUUUGAACCCAGAGCAGGUGAUUGCACAAGCGAAGGCAAUGGAUGCGAUACCGCCAGAGAAGCGCGGACCCCUACACGGCGUUGCGAUCGCAGUCAAAGACGUUAUCUACACAAAGGAUAUGCCAACACAGCACGGAUCUCCAAUCUACGCUAGAGACGCUCCCAAAGUCGAUGCCGGUUCCAUCAUAAUUUUGCGACAGGCUGGCGCGCUGCUUCUUGGCAAAACAACCACGACCGAAUUCGCAGCGACGGUUCAAGGUCCAAAGACAGUAAACCCACACGGCACGAACCGAACCCCCGGUGGCUCCUCGUCAGGAUCAGGCGCCGCUAUUGCGGAUUUCCAAGCGCCUAUCGGCCUAGGCACCCAGACAGGCGGAAGCACGAUCCGCCCUGGAUCUUUCAAUGGCAUCUACGCCCUGAAGCCGACGUGGAACUCCAUCACGCGCGAGGGUCAGAAGAUUUACUCCUUGAUCCUAGAUACGCUCGGUUUCUUCGCCCGUAGUGUCGAAGACCUGCAAUUGAUGGCCGAUGUCUUUGACUUGAAAGAUGACGAGCCCCCGAAGGACACCUUCACUGUCAAGGGCGCCAAGUUCGCUCUAUUGAAGACGAUGGUUUGGCCUCAAGCUGGACCCGGCACCAAGUCUGCGAUGGCGAAGGCUGAGGAGCUUCUCAAGGCUCACGGAGCCGAGGUUGAAGAGAUUGAAUUUGAUCCUGAGCUUGAGGAGCUGCCUCAGUGGCAUGCUACGGUGUUGCACAGCGACGGAAGAUCCGCUUUCCUGCCAGACUACCGCGCUGCUAAGGAUCAACUGCACGAGUUCUUGAUUUCGCAUGUUGACAACACCAACAAGAUCAGCAGAGCGGAGCAGCUAGAGGCGUUUGACAAUAUUGCCAUCGCAAGGCCCAAGGUUGAUAAGAUGCUGGGCAAGUAUGAUGCUGUUUUGGUGCCUAGCGUCGUUGAUGAGGCGCCGGAAGGAACCUCGAGCACCGGAAGUGCAGCUUUCAACGCUCCUUGGACAGCGCUGCAUGUUCCCGUUGUCAACAUUCCAGGUUUCAAGGGUCCGAACGGGAUGCCCGUUGGCGUGUCCCUCGUAGCUCCCAGGUAUCACGACCGCCAUCUCUUGGUAGUCUCCAAGGCUGUCGGCAAGAUCUUCGAGGCGGAGGGUGGCUGGAAAUCUGCCUUAUAGAUUAUGAGCCAUAAGACAGUUGGGACGUUUCACACAUUUCUUUAUUCACUUUAGUUUCCCUUAGCCUCGGUGAAAUUGCUCAUCAUACGUCGGCUGUUGGGGCAAAGGUUUGGGGACUGCGAUUUAGAUACUCAUCUAUUUCAUAAUCCUAUUUUCUACCUAUGAGCUGC